AUGCGGCAAGAGGUGAAUUGGGAGGUCGAUUGCGAACGACUAGAAUUUCUUCGUCAACUUAAUCCUUUGAUCAAAAGUUGGCAGGGCCAACUUCCUAAUCUCCUGGAUAUUUUUGCAAAGGAAGAAAUCGAGUUUCUUCUCUCGGAUUCCAUAAGUAACUUUAAUAGUAACAGCUCGAACGGGAUAGGACAAUGCUUCAUCAGUUUCGUGGCUCGUACCGGCUACAAAGACAAGCCCGACGUCGGUCAAGACGGCAAACCAAUUUUGCGUCGCACCACUGCAGUACAUCAUGCAGCUACGAAAGGAUAUGAUGUCGGGCUUGACGUGAUUCCUGAACUUUUUAAAAUCUACGACAAAUUUGACGUGAAUUACACCGACGAGGAUGGAUUGACACAUUUCCAUGCGGCCUGCCAAAUCGGCUUCGAAGACGUCGUUGAAAAAUUUCUCAAGCACGGUCAGGAUCCCAACCUCCUCCUGGAAUCGACGGGUGAAUCACCUCUGCACAUGGCUCUGAAAUGGGGCCAAAAAGAGGUAACGCGAUUGCUGCUGAGAUACGGCGCCGACCCGUCCUUGGCUGGCCAAGACGGUGUCACACCCCUCCAUCUUGCAGCCAGUAGGAAGGAUUACAGCGACGUGGCGAAGAUGUUAUUCGAGGUUGGCGAAAAGAAACAUCGCCCGGUGAGAGUAAAUGCUCGGGACAAGGAGGGCGACACACCUUUGCAUUAUGCGAGAUCGAACUGCGUGAAGAUGUUCGAGCUGCUGCUGAGGAGAGGCGCCGAUAUAAACGUAACCAACGAGAGGGGACGGACUGCUCUGCACGUCAUUUACAAGCAUCAACCGGUGCAAGUCAAUGCUCAGGACAAUGAGGGGAACACACCGUUGCACUUAGCUGCAGAAUUUGGUAAGGAUAAGGCGAUGGAAUUACUGCUGAGAAACGGCGCAAAUCCUAAUGUACCCAACGCGAAGGGAUUGACUCCUCUGCACAUAAUUAAUGAAAACCGGAAAGUUUAUUACAUGCUUAAGCUAUUCUUCGAAACCAAUGACGAUAUUCAGCAGACGGUGCAAAUUAAUGCUCAGGACAAUGAGGGUAACACACCAUUGCAUUUGGCUCUAUUGAAAUUGAUUCGUAUAAAGGCGGCAAAAUUGUUGCUGAGGCGUGGGGCUAACCCAAAUUUGGCCAAUGCAGAUGGAUCAACAGCUAUGCACUUGAUUUGCCAGAUAAAACACUGCUUUGAUUACUACGGUGCUGACUGCGGUGACGAUGACGACGAGGACGAUUACGAUGAAGACGAUGACGACGUGAUGGAUGUACUUUUGAAGGUUAACGACGAAAAACAUCAAACGGUGGAUAUCGACGCGAAGGACAAACAAGGUCGAACACCGCUUCACUGGGCCGUGGCGAAUCAUUUGCCGGAAGUGAUAGAUGUGCUCUUGGAUCGUGGUGCUGAUUUAUCGAGCUUCAUUUUCCCCGAUUCGAGUUACUUUGGGGAGGACAUUAUGGAGAUGGCAGGCUCUGCACCUUACGGUAAUUCUCAAUUGAGAGUAGCAUCUGGUGCUCUGACCGUGGUCGAGCGCCUCGAGAAAAGAGGCUACGUGUUGGACCGAAACGAUGCCUUAACAAUCAUGAAAAAUUUUGAUAAACACGAGAGUUUCGGUUUCCGAGAAUCCGAACAAUUUGACUAUUAUUGGUACGAUGAGGAAGAUUUCGCGAGUGAAGCAAAAAUGAGAACGAUCAAGCCGGAUCUGUCCCUCCACGAGCUGAUUCGGUUACGACCCGAAGAGGCGGCAAAACGAGUUACAUGUUUAGACUAUUUCGCGUUGACGCGUACAUAUAAUUCUAAUCUCCUUCCCGAAACGCGCGAAGGUUAUAAAUGUGCUGAUCAUCUGUGCGAGAUGACGACGAAAAGAUUUUACCGACGAUAUGCAUUGGAUUUUUUUUUGGAUCUGAUCCAUUACCAAUUGCCAAUUCUUUGCUGCGAAUUGAUCAUUGGUUAUUUAUAUAACCAAGAUUUGUGGAAUAUUUGCUUGGCAGCCACGGACAAAAGCUCAUAA